AUGAUGACAAAUACUACAAACAAGGCAGACGGCAUUAGCUUUUGGUUGAGGAUAGGAUUGUUCGCUGUUCUAAUAUGCGGAAUCUGUUUGUAUGCUGCUUUACGGCUGAUUAAGAAGGCGAGAACAUCUUAUCCUCUCAACUACAUUUUACUGAUAUUAGUGGUUAUCCUUAUUUGUGUGGGUAUGGCGUUCUGCUAUACCAGCCAGUUUGGUCUUAGUGUCUCAGUCGCUGUAACUUUUGUGGUCUCGUUCAUAACAAUAUCAACAUGUUGGAAAUUGAACAGUCUGACAAUCAAUGGCUUAAUCGUAUUCAUUUCACUGGCGUGUGUCCUUUGUGUUGUUGGAUUAACUCUGCUUAUUCUUGAGAUUAUAUUGCAUACACAUCAGACGUUACUGGCGACUCUCUCAGGUAUUAUUUUGUGCUGGGCAGCAACAGCGAUUUUGAUCUGUGUGGGUACGCAUUGA